GCAACUCACAAGUCAUUUCUUGUUCAUGGUCAAUGUCUUGUCUGUGGGCCGGUGCAAAAAGUUUGUUUUCAAGGUCAAGGCUUUGAGAAUUUUCCAUCACUCUCAGGGGAUAAAGUUCAUUUCUUGCCACAGUUUCAAGGUUAGAAAAGAGGGAUUUGGGUUUUGAAGGUUGAGCAUUCCUGGGUUCUUUUCUUUAUUCUUUAUUUUCUUUUUGGGCAAGAUAUUUUGGAUUGGGGAUAUAAAGAAAGAAUUUUGAGGAUCAAGCUACGUAUGGUUGCUUUCUGGGGAAAAAAGGCCGGGAUUCUUGUUUUUGAGUCUUGAAGUUGUUUCUGGAUUUGGUGAAAGCUUGAUUUGCAACUGGGUUGUAGAGGAAUCAUGGUUGAGGAUGCAGGAAUGGAUGCCAGCAUUGAUAUGUUGUCGGCUGAGGAGUGGCUAUCUCGCGCACAAGAGCUUGUUCCUGUUGCACUGAAGAAGGCUAGGGAGGUCAAGGUAUUCCCUGGUAGGUGGAAGAUGAUAGUCUCAAAAUUGGAGCAGAUCCCAGCAACACUAUCUGAUUUGUCUAGUCAUCCUUGCUUCUCGAAAAAUGCUCUUUGUAAGGAGCAGUUGCAGGCAGUAUCAAAGACCUUAUAUGAAGCAAAUGAACUAUCAGAGUUGUGUAUACAUGAGAAAUAUGAAGGGAAACUUCGGAUGCAAAGUGAUCUUGAUGCACUAUCAGGCAAAUUGGAUUUGAAUUUGCGUGAUUGUGGUCUCUUGAUCAAAACUGGUGUGCUUGGUGAGGUGACCUUGCCAUCUACUGCUGGUAGCACUUCGGCUGAGCCUGAGGCUGCACUACAUGGAAAUAUGCGAGAAUUGCUGGCGCGGCUUCAGAUUGGGCACUUGGAGGCUAAACAUAGAGCUCUUGAUAGCCUUGUUGAGGUUAUGAAAGAAGAUGAAAAGAAUGUCUUGGCUGUUUUAGGUCGCAGCAACAUUGCUGCUUUAGUCCAACUUCUAACUGCCACAUCUCCUCGAAUAAGGGAGAAAACUGUCACUGUAAUAUGCUCUCUUGCAGAAUCUGGUAGUUGUGAGAAUUGGCUAGUUUCUGAAGGUGUUCUUCCACCUCUUAUAAGACUUGUUGAAUCUGGUAGUCCAGUCGGUAAAGAGAAGGCCACAAUUUCUCUCCAGAGAUUGUCGAUGUCAGCAGAAACAGCCCGUUCUAUUGUUGGACAUGGUGGUGUUAGACCUCUAAUUGAGAUCUGUCGAACUGGUGAUUCUGUUUCACAGGCUGCUUCUGCUUGUACAUUGAAAAACAUAUCUUCUGUUCCAGAGGUGCGGCAAACACUAGCUGAAGAAGGCAUUGUAAAAGUAAUGAUUAAUCUUCUGGAUUGUGGAAUUCUAUUGGGAUCCAAAGAGUAUGCAGCUGAAUGUUUACAAAAUCUUACCUCCAGCAAUGAUAGUCUACGGAAGUCUGUUAUUUUGGAGGGUGGAAUCAGAAGCUUGUUGGCUUAUUUGGAUGGUCCACUGCCACAAGAAUCUGCCGUUGGAGCACUUAGGAAUUUGGUCUGCUCAGUCUCCAUGGAGAUUUUAGUUUCACUUGGUGUCAUUCCAAGGUUGGUUCAUGUGCUUAAAUCUGGAUCACUUGGUGCUCAGCAGGCUGCAGCAUCUGCAAUCUGUAGGAUCUGUAGCUCCACAGAAAUAAAAAGACUAGUUGGUGAGGCUGGUUGCAUCCCUCUGCUUGUUAAGAUGCUCGAAGCUAAAGCAAAUGGGGCGAGGGAAGUAGCCGCGCAAGCAAUUUCUAGCCUAAUGACCUCAUCGCACAAUUGCAGAGAAGUCAAGAAGGAUGACAAAAGUGUGCCUAAUUUAGUGCAAUUACUUGACCCAAGCCCUCAAAAUACUGCCAAGAAAUAUGCAGUUUCUUCUCUUGCCUUGCUCUCCUCGAGCAAAAAAUGUAAGAAGCUUAUGAUUUCAUAUGGGGCAAUUGGAUAUCUCAAGAAGCUUACAGAGAUGGACAUCCCGGGAGCUAAGAAGCUACUUGAGCGUUUGGAAAGAGGGAAAUUGAAGAGUUUGUUCAUCAGAAAAUAGAGGAGAAUUGAACGUCCAUGUAUAAGAAACUCAUCUUUCAUCUUGUUUCAUAAUCUGUAUGAAACAAAAUAGUAGUUUUAUUCGUAUGGAGUAAAAUCAACUAGCUGCAAAUUAAUGCAAUUGUUGUCUCAUUAUGUAUCGGUAAUAAUUCUAUCAUUUGUACAGAUAGUUGUUCCAUAAAUGGCUUUUUGUGUGGUACUUGAAAGUCCUUGCUGGGCUUCAUCUUCAUUGAUGGUGCUCUUUUGGCUUCA